CAAGCCUUCAAUUGAAUCAAAAGAUAAAGGCAAAGACAAGCUAUCCACUCAAACUGUGGUUGAUGGCCUUUCUUCCCGCAGCCGUCGCAUUGUGAUUAAUGAAGGAGGUUUCAAAGAGAAAGCAGAAGCAGGCAGUGACAGAAUGUUUUCCAAAGGUAGCGCAUCUUCGCCUAGCCCACCUCAGCAUCAAGAAAAAAUUGCAGUUGCAUCUAAUUCUAAUGAUGAUCUUCGAGUAUCAGCCAACCCUUCCGUUGAAUCAAAAGAUGAGGAUAAAUCCAAGAGCGCAGGAGCUGGCAACGAGAGAAUGUUGGUCCAAGAUAGCGCAUCUCUGCCUAACCCACCUCAGCAGCAAGAAAUAACUGCGAUUGGAUAUGAUUCUAACGAUGAUAAGCCUUCUAUUAAAUCCAAAGACGAGGUUAUGGCCAAGCUGCCCACUCCAACUGUUGUAGGUGGUGUUUCUUCCGACACCUAUAGUGUUUUCAAUGAUGAAAAUGCUUCGAAAAAGGUUGGACUCUCAAAAGUAGUCGUCAAUGAAUUUUCUGAGAGUUCAGGAGCGGGCAACAAGAGAAUGUUGGUCAAAGGUAGCAAAUCUCCACCUAGCCUACCUCAGAAACAAGAAAUAACUGCUGUUGGGUUUAAUUCCAAUGAUGAUGUUCCAGUAUUGGCCAAGCCUUAUAUUGAAUCAAAAGACGAGCGUACAUCUAGGCCCCCUGCUCUCACUACAGUUAAUGGUGUUUCUUCCGAUACCAUUGUCACUGAGAUUGAAGAAUUAGCUUCCAAAGAGUUUGAACUCUCGAAAGAAUCAGUCAAUGAAUAUUUUGAGAGCUCAGGAGCUGGCAAUGGAAGAAUACUGGUUAAAGAUAGCACUACUCCAAUUUACCCACCUCCGCAUCAAGAAAUAACUGCUUUUGGAUCAAAUUCUGAUCAUGCUGUUCCAGUAUCGACUGUUUCUUCUGUUGAAUCAAAGGAUGAGGAUAAAUCCAGACAACCCACUUUGAAUGUGGUUGGUGGUGUUUCUUCCGAUACCAGUUGCACUGCAAUAGAAGUAAAAGCUUCCAAAGAGGUUGAACUCUCAAAAGAAUUAGCCACUGAAUCUUCUGAGAGUGCAGGAACUGGCAGAGAGAAAAUGUUGGUCAAAGGCAACACUCGGCUCAUUAGCCCACCUCAGCAGCAAGUGAUGAAUACUAUGGGAUCUGAUUCUGACGACGGUGUUCGGUUUUUGGCCAAGCAUUUCUACCAAAUGAAACGCUAAGUGUAAAUCCAAGGUGCCCGUUCAGGCUGCAACUGGUGGUGCUUCUUCCUACACCUAUUGCUUGUUCCAAAGAGGUUGAACUCUCAAAAAGAAUAAGGAAACAAAUUAUCUAGCUAAGGGAAAACUUUAAUCUCCUCGUUAAUGCUUUAUUCGAAUAUGAAUCUUCUUACACUCAUCUUGUGUUUUCCGUGUGUUCGUUGAAUGCAUACUUGCUA